GGAGUUCUUCAUAGUUGCCAACACCCUUGGCUAAUAUCUCCUAUACGCAGCUGCAAUCAUGCCACCACGAAGGGGUCGAGGGCCGCUCACAUUCCCACCACUGGUAUCACAUUCAGACAAGACAAAAUAUUUAUCACCUUCCGAAGCGCAGCCGCUUGUCGCAAAGUACGUCGCAAGGUCUCUCAAGCAUGCAUACUGCCACCCAGACUCUCUUCUGGAACCGGACGGCGUGCAAUAUGGUCCCAAAAGUGGUCGGUCGGGCGGAUUGGUCAUGCACUAUCUCAAAAGAGUCGAGGCUGGAUUACGAGGCGAGCAUCUGCCAGUAGAAAGCCUCGAAGAGCUCAAAGCACGAUUUGGCGAUGAUAUCGUCACUGGCUCAGUACCACAGAGCGAUGAUAGGCGACUCGACGAAACAAUCCGAAAAAAGGACGCAGCGGGCAAUCUCAAGCGCAAGCGCGGCACCGGCGAGGUCCUAGCUUGGGCUGAGAACAGCUCACAUCCGGGCGUACCGCCUAGCUCUUCAGCUGAAGAUUUUGGCGAUUUACAACCGAAGGAGCAAUGGGAGCAGGAGCAGGAGGAAUGGAUUGGCGAAGUCGGUGACCGCGAGGGAGCACCAAUGUCGGACCCGAACGGCAAGGUACCACACGUCGUGCAGCAUGACCACAAUGGCAAUGUGAAGGUUCCGCAAGGCCAAAGGUCAGAUGCGAGUAGGGCGGCGAGAAAUGCGGCGAAGAAGCUGAAGAAGAAAGAAGAGAAACGGCAUCGUGAAGAGGCGCGACGCGCAGCAGGUGAUUCAGGAGACAGGGCAGCGAAGAAGUCUCGAGGAGACAACCAACAGGCAAGUCCGGAGGACAUCAGUGCGCCAAUUGCCAUCGCACAAGACGAGCGAAUGGCUGAUGUCACGAUUGUGGGAAAAGAAGCCGACAAGGACGCGUUGAAAAAGGAGAAGAAAUUGCAGAAAUUGGAAAAGCGCGGCAAGAAGAAGCAGAGCAAGGGUGUCGUCAAUAAGGAAGAUGGUGAUGAUUGAACGACUGGGCCAUUCCACUCGUUAGAGAUGGUUAGACACGACGGAAAAUAAUUCGUCAAAGCUGGAACACAGGGGAGACGACAUCUUGAGAACACCUGCAUCGCAAGGUCCAGCAUGCUCUUGCGAGCCAAAACCACACCGAUCAGAACAGGAGCAUCGCAUAUCAAGUCUGGGAUUGGCAACAUCGGGAACACAUUCUACUCUCAUAUGUGCCUGCUACAGUACAUCUUGUAUGCCUCGAUUCUAGAGGUCUUUCUUCGGCGCGUCCGAGUCCUCUUUAGAGGAAGGCUUUGCGACCGAUACCUUCUUCUCGCUCGUCCAGCCAACGGCCUUCAAGCGCUCGGUCAGGAUUGGAUGUGAGUAAUGGUACGAGGAGUACAUCCAGUCAGCAUCCAUGGAGGACAAAUUCUGGAUCUGGAGCUUGAUGAGCGAUUGCGCGAGCUCUGCUGCGUAGCCCAAUUUGAGGGAGAAGGCAUC